AUGUGGAUACCUGACAAAUCAGGGUCUAGAUUAGAUCUGCUUGCAACCACUGGUGACUAUCUCAGACUAUGGGAGCUAACAAGUCAGAAAACAAUUAAAUUAAAGAGUUUAUUAUCAAGUAGUAAAAGUACAGAAUUUUGUGCACCAUUAUCAUCUUUUGAUUGGAAUGAAUCCGAUCCUACAUUAUUAGCAACAUCUAGUAUAGAUACAACUUGUACAAUAUGGAAUAUAGAAACACAACAACCAAAAACACAAUUGAUUGCACAUGAUAAAGAGGUGUUUGAUGUGGCAUUUGCAAGAGGAACCGAUCUGUUUGCUUCGGUGGGUGCAGAUGGUUCACUGAGAAUGUUUGAUCUGAGGAACUUGGAACACUCCACUAUCAUCUAUGAGACACCGCAAUUUACACCACUGCUUCGACUGUGUUGGAACAAACAAGAUCCCAACUAUCUCGCAACUAUUCAACAAGAUUCACCAAAGAUUAUCAUUCUCGAUAUUAGAGUACCGUCGGUACCCGCCGCAGAGCUGGUCUUCCACAAGUCAGCGGUCAACGGAAUCGCAUGGGCACCUCACUCCAGUUGUCAUAUAUGUACGGUCGGUGACGACAAACAAGCUUUAAUUUGGGAUUUAUCAUCACUGCCAAAACCAAUUGAAGAUCCACUUUUGACAUAUGGUGCAGAUGCAGAGAUUAAUCAAUUGAAUUGGUCAUCAAGUCAACCCGAUUGGAUUGCAAUUGCAUUUGGUCAAGGAUUACAAAUAUUAAAAGUUUAA